AUGUCCUCUCUACCAGGAAUCCAAACCUACAACACAGCUCCAGUAAACGCCAACAAAGACACCCACGCAGCAACCCCCGAACCCGAACCCGCCACUGCAACCUCACCCUCCCACCCAGCACCAGCAACAGCAACAGCAACAGCCCCAUCCAACCCUUCACUCUACACACCCGCCCAACCCAGCAACCUCCAACCAGGCGCACCACCAACACCAUCAACAGCUCCAAUCCCUCCCACCACCCUCCCCGACCCAACAUCAACAACCACCGCCGAACCACAACCAGUCGCGCGCCCAAUACCACCAAUAGCAGAAACCCACGGCGCACCACCAUACUCCCCACUCCCGCCCCCCAAAGCCGGCGAGCCAGUCCCGCCGGCAGCAGCCCAGCCUGCACACCACAGCUACACGCAGUCUUACUCCUUUGCGCCAGCGGGUCAGCAGGGCGUAACCCCGAACUCGACUUCCGCGGCUUACUCCUCUGUGUACCCGAGCGCGGGACAGACUCCGCCGUUGUACUACGGGAGCGGUGCUGGGACUGGAUCUGGGGGUGGAGCGGAUAGUGGUUUCCCCGAGGAGGAGGGGUUUAUGGGUGCGGCGAAGGGGUGGAUGCGGUGGUCUGGGGGGAAGUUGGCAGAGGUUGAGAAGGGGAUUUGGAAGAAGAUCAAUGAUAUUCAUGAUUAG